GGCGCUUUAAUUUAACUUGAACGAAUUCGGAUAAAGGUCAAGCUUUCUAUCGAAAUCUUUGAUAUUUUGACUUGACUUCACUAGCCUCAACACCCGAUAUAAAUAUAGACCGAACCUUCUUUUCAAUCUGGUUCCUUCUGGUCAGAACGAUAGACGCCUCUGUCGCUCACUCUUUCUGAUACAAACAAGAUUGCAACUUUGUAUUAAUCAUGUCCUCCAGCUCUAGAAGUAGCACUGCAAGAGCUCACAAUCCACACGGCACCUCGAACUCCAUUAGAGAAUACAAUAGCAGGCCCAUUCCCGCGAAUCAUUCGCAUAUACAAACCAUACCUGCAGAGAGCAUUCACGAAAAAUCGGGGUCAGAGAACGAAAUCGAAUCGCCAGAUUUUAUCAUCAAAGAAUCAGCCCAAGAAGAAAUAGAGGACCAAUUGGAAUACGAAAAAAGACUGCAAUCACUCCGCGCCAACUAUCCUGCGAAUUCUGCUUCAACACCAAUUUCUCAGGAUACUACGUACGCGGAUGUCAUGGCUGCUCGACCGUCAAGAUCGCGUCGUCGCAAUGAAGCUUUGGAUGAAGCACAAGAUAUGAAAUUAGGAGGACCAAUGACGCUUGAAUCACUUGGUCCUUUCAAAUAUACCUUUAAGAAGAAGAAGAACUUGAAAACAAAAUGUUCAACGUCGACAAUCAAUGAUGAUCAAGCAAUUGAUACCGAUAAUGGUGGUGGAGGUUUAACAGAUGAUGGCAUAAAUACGAACGGAGGGGCAGAUACGGGUUUGGGUCACAGUGAAAGUACUAGUGAAGUCGGAUCAGAUCCAGAAGUGGUAGGAAGUGCAAGCUCAUCACGUCCCAUUUCACCUACAUCGACCCCACAACUCGAAUCAUCUCUCGAUGUUUCCUCUCCCCACCACAACACAACCUCGCACAAACAACGAAAUUACACAGAAUUCACUUUCACCGCACCGGCACCAAAGCGAAUCAUUGAAUAUCUUAAAAAGAAUACGAAGGUUACCGAAGAAGGAUGGAAGGAUUCUGACGAUCCCUUGCAAGAGGACGAUUUGCAAGACGACAGCAUCAAAGAAGAUAUCAAUAACAAUAUCGUCCAGCCAGUUUUUACCGCUGAAGAUACGACGACAACUACCACCGUUGUCACUACGACUAGCAUCCCUUCAAUUGAUCCAACUCCGUCAGCAGUGGUUAUACAACCCCCUCUAGGAGUUUCCAGGAUCUCGUCUUUUUCCCACUCCUCUACUGAUAAAAGCAGAACGCAAACUCUCUAUACGAUUGACGGUGGUAUUGGUCUCAAUUCCCCUUCUCUUGAUCUUUUGAAGUGUGACAAUUCCGAUACACAAUCGGUGAAGGAUAAGAGCGACGCAGUCAUGGCUCGCAUUGCUUCAUCAGCAGGGUUAAUGAUGAGAAGCUUGAGUGACAUCACCACUGUCAAUGAUGGAUUUGAUUCGGUAGAGUGGGAUCCAGAUCUUCCUGUUCGCUCGAUCAACAACUCUCCUGAGCCAUUAUCAGUUGAAGCACAACCUGUUGCUUACACUACUGUCGGAUCUCGUGUCAAUCCUAAUUUGCAACCUCAAAUAUCCGCCCCUAAUCGUAUUCAGCGCGAAGGUUCUAUUCGCAGACCCCAAUUGGACCCAACUCACAAUAGACAAACAAAUUAUUAUCCUCACUCCCGUGGUCCGCCACCUCCUUUGAAUAUGCAAAACUCCAUGCACUAUGCGCAACAACUCGGUCAGGGCCCUAACUCUUUCAACACUCCGCCAGCCACAUCUGCGAGAUCUACUCGCUCUUUACGGCCAUCUCAGAGACUAUCCCAGUCAGAGCAAGAGAACCAUACACUUCUCAGACUUCAGGGAAUGAUUAAUGCAAGAGUAUCUAAUGGUCAUUAUCCUGUCUCGCCCAAUACACCAACUCCUACUUUCCAUCAAAAUAACGUUUCAUCAAUUUCGAAUGAGGAGCAGGAAAUGGCAAAAGGAAGUGAUUUGCAAGGCCCCAUAUCAGGUUUGGAAAAGAUGCAGACCUUACAGAGACUUGCGAGAUUCCCGAAUCCGAUGCAAACCUCAGCUUUACGUCGAUUGUCUGAGUUGCAAGCACCCAAAGCCGACAAUACUGCGAAGUCAAAUGAAGAGUUUGAAAUUGCGAGCCAACGCUUGGAGUACCUCUUGCAUAACCAAAGAGAUAACACUAUGCUUGAUGGUACACAAGCUGCCAAGAACGGAGAACUCGACCGUACCUAUACAUUUCCUCAACCGGGUAUCUCCAACACGGCGUACAACCCGCUCUACAACGCAUAUUCGGGAUCUAACGAUCAUUCAAGAGAUUCUGCCAAUCAUCGAGGAGUACCGGGUUACCCACAGCCAUUGACUGCCGGCCCACCAGGACAGCGCUCGUAUGCUAACAAUAGACAGAAUAGUAACUAUAGUGAGGAGGCUUGGACACAAGAUCAAACUGAAGCAAAACAAAACUCACACGCGAGCACUGAGCCUACCUCCCCAUGGCAAGAAUCAAAAGCUCUCAAUGAGCAGUACAGUGCUCAGGCGCCAGCACAAGCUCCUUCUGCACGCGCAACAGAUACAAUUUCAAUGCAACAAGCCCGUCAGUAUUAUCCUCACGGCUUUCCUAGUGACAUGACCGGGAGAUUCACUCAUUUGUCUAUUGAUGUACAAAAAGAAAUGGGACUUCUCGAGAAUGAAGAGACUCCUGAGGAAGCUCGAGCAAGAAAACAAAAGGAGAAGGAUGAGUGGUUCUACAGUGGCCAACAACGAUGGAACAUGACAGUUCAGGAUCAUAUCGCAGAAAUGGAAAUUCAUACCAAUCCUUUCGGUCCCAUCGGUCCUCCUGCGAAGAAAAGUUUGCCUUCCGAUAAUAGACCUCUUCCCGGUAUCACUAUCUCAAGAAUGGAAAAGAAGACCAUCCCCGAAGUAAUCGCUCCACUUAUAGAUGGAACUCUUGGCAACUUGUUCGCUAUCAAAGCUCAACAGGGAGAUGGAAAUCUCACGACACCAUUCAGUAGAUAUGCCAAAAGUCCAGAAUGGCACAUUGAUACAAGUGCAAGAGGCAAUGAUUCUUUCUUUGAAGAAAGAUGGGGAGUCUGAAUUGAUGUCCCAGCACCUCAUGGCGCUCGAAUUCACGAUACUAAAUUCUCAUCGCUUAUCUAGCUAGUACGCAGACAACGAUAGUUAAGAGAGCCUCUCGACACCUAUGAAAUCAAUUUUCGCUAGCUGUCUCUUAUCA